AUGGCGAGCGAAACACACGUUCCCGCGUGGAAGAAACUCGGUCUCAAGCUCAAGUACGCCAAAGAGGCUCCGGAGCAACAAGAUAACGAAAAUGUGGAAGCAGCGGAGGAGCCCGUGAAGAAGUCAGAGAAGGAAGACAAAAAGGAAAAGAAAAAGAAGAGGCGAUUGGAAGAGACCGAAGGAAAGGGAGAAUCCGCUGCGGCCGACGAGGAAUCUUCGAAGAAGAAAAAGAAGCAGAAAAAGGAGAAGAAAGUCUCUUUUUCCGCGGAGACCAAGGAGGAGGAUGGUAGUGGUGAUGAGGGUGUGGAGGAGAAGAAGGAAAAUAACGAUGCUGCGUCCAAUGGAGACAGUGGAAAUGCGCAAACGGAAGAGAAACCCGGCGCGGAAGAAAAGCGAAAGAGGAUGAAGGAAAAGAAGGAGAAGAAAAAGCAGCAAGAAUUGCAUGUCCAGGCACCCCCUGACCCGUCCAACAUCCACGAAUCGCCCAUCCUCCAAUACCUGACCCUCUACCAUCAGAACCGGGCCGCAUGGAAAUUCCAGAAGAAUCGCGAGACCCAACUCUUCAAGCACAUUCUCGAGCCGCUGCACGUACCUACGGAAUACAAUGUUGCCCUCCUCUCAUAUCUUCAAGGACUUAGGGGAGAGGCCGCGCGACAACGAUUGAGCCAAUCCGCCGAAGAAAUCAUCAAGGCUGAAAUGGAGGAGCAGUUUGCGAAAGAGAAUGCAGAGGAAGCAACCAAGGAGGGGGAGUCCGCUCCAGACAUGGUCGAUUACUACAAAGCUGUCGAAUCAUUCCGAAAGCGGUUAUCGCUGGGCAAUGAUGAUUUGAAUAGCGUCGACGUCUUGGACGGACAGGAAAACGUGACCGGCGAUAUGCGCAAGAGACUUGAGAAGAGAUUACGAGCGGAAGUGAUAACGUUCACCAUCAACGGCAAGCUGGUUUACGUUCAGAAACCGAAGCCUUCGAAGAAGGGGCAACAACAAGCUGAAGCUCCUGUGCAAAAGAAGAAGAAGAACCGUACCGCUAUCAUUGAUAUCUCGAGUAGCAGUGAGAGUGACAGCGACAGUUCCAGUGAUAGUGACAGUGAUAGCGACGACGAGAAGCCCGCGCAAAAAAGCAAGCCUGCUAAACAGCAACAAAAUGAAAAGCAGUCAGACGCACCCACCAAGAAAAAGAAGAGCCGAACUGCGGUUGUGGGCAUCUCGAGCAGCAGCGAAAGCGACAGCGAUAGUUCAAGUGACAGCGACAGCGACAAUAAGAAGAAGACGAACACAACCAAACGGGACGAAGACUCCGGUGAUUCCUCGUCUUCUAGCAGCGACAGUGAUUCUGAUAGCUCUAGUUCGAGUGACUCCGAUUGA